CCUCCUUAGCCGUAGUUGCUAUUUCUUAUUCUGUCCUGAGUCUGCUGCUUCCUUCCUGAACAAUAUGGUUCUUGUUUCUUUUGCUGUUUCUUGAUUCAUGGUCUUCUUCCCAGCUGAACUCUAUGAUGUUCCUUCCUCCACUUUCAUCUUUCUUUCUUUUGAUUUUCAGAUUAUACUGCAUCCUUAUGCUCAAGAUUUCUUUCCAUAUCUUCAAAUUAUUGUUGAGUUGAUUGCUUGCCUUUGAUUCUUCUUCUUUUUCUUCAUCUAAAACCAGUUCAACAUAAUAAAUCUGCCCUUUUUUAUUCUUGUAAAAUUAUUUCUCUUUGCUUUUUCCAACAUCGAUUCAUUUCUCCACUUCUUCUCUCGUGGCCUAUUUUAGGCCAAAUUCAAUUUUUUUUUCAUCUUCUGAAUAUUGACUCCACGAGUCUUGUUGAUUGUUGAGCAUAUCAGCUUAGUUAACGUUUCCUUGAGGAAGAAACCGUGUGUUGUGGCCCCUAAGUUUUGUUUUUGGUUAAGCAGUCAACUUAAGCACUUAUUAAUCCAGAAUUUCUGGGCCUAAGUUUUGUUUUUGGUCCAGCAGGCCUUAGUGUUGUUUUUGUCUUAGAAGGGCCUGAGCCAUUAAAGAAAAAGGAAACAAUUUCUUGACCCAAAAAAAAAAAGAGACAAUUUGAUGCAGAAUAAUAUGAAGACGGCGCGUGUGUGGUCCUGACAGUGGUGUAGAGGAGCGAGUGAGCUGAAAGCCGAGGGAGGCAUGGCCGGCAUUCGAAUGAUAGAUAUAGCCGUCAACUUCACAGAUGGCAUGUUUAAGGGAAUCUACAACGGCAAGCAAUGCCACCUUGCAGAUUUAUCUACGGUUCUCUCCAGAGCUUGGGCUGCAGGCGUCGACCGCAUCAUUAAGGACUUGCUUUUUGUGUUGCAGGUAACCGGUGGAUCCUUCGAGGAAUCGAGGGAAGCACUUGCAAUUGCUGAAACUGAUGGACGACUGUUCUGCACAGUCGGUGUGCAUCCGACACGUUGCAAGGAAUUCGAGGAGAGUGGAGAUCCAGAAAAUCAUUUCCAGGCUCUUGUGUCGCUAGCUAAAGAGGGAAUUCAAAAAGGAAAGGUCGUGGCAGUUGGAGAAUGUGGGUUGGACUAUGAUAGACUUCAUUUUUGCCCUGCAGAGAUUCAAAAGAAGUAUUUCGAAAAGCAGUUUGAAUUAGCACAUAUCACAAAACUACCUAUGUUUUUACACAUGCGAGCAGCUGCUGCAGACUUCUGUGAAAUUGUUGAGAAAAAUAAGUACAGGUUCACUGCUGGAGUUGCACAUUCUUUUACUGGUAGCACGGAUGAUUGCAAUAAGCUUCUUUCCUUUGAUAACAUGUACAUAGGCAUAAAUGGGUGCUCUCUCAAGACAACUGAGAACCUUGAUGUUGUGAGGGAUAUUCCUGUUGAGAAAAUGAUGAUUGAGACAGACUCACCGUACUGUGAAAUCAAGAAUACUCAUGCUGGAAUUAGUUUUGUUAAAUCUACAUGGCCUUCAAAGAAGAAAGAGAAAUAUGAUCAAGAGUGCAUUGUCAAAGGCCGCAAUGAACCCUGUUUAGUUAGGCAAGUUCUUGAGGUGGUUGCAGGCUGCAAAGGCAUCAAUGAUGUCGGUAGUCUCAGCAAAACAUUGUACCACAAUACUUGCAGGGUUUUCUUCCCUCAAGACUUGGAUUCUGCAGCUGAUGCUCUUCUUGCUGGCGCUAAUUCUUCAUAAAGACUCAUCUGCUUCUUCGGAGCUGUUUGGCCGUCCAAUUCCUCAUUGUGUUGAGAAAGCUGGGAAUCAGUGUGGGAAGCGACAUAUCAUAACGUGUUUUCCAGAUGGCAGUUUCCUUAGUGUGACAGAUCAUUGCAUUCUAUGUUAACGAACCUGCUACUGUAAACUAGAAUGAUUUUAUACAGCAACAAACCGAAAGACUCUAUUUUCAUACUCAUUGUGUAUUUACAAACCUGUUGUUUACAAUGGUAGAAAUUGAUCUUAAAGUAUUGUGUUGAGGGUUAUUCUGUUGAGAAAUGAUAUUCAGAAACUUUUUGCAAGGUUUUCAAUAG